AUGAUUAAUUUCUUUAAUAUAGUUGUAUUUGUACUACACUUGUUUUAUAUCAUAGGAAUUAUAAUUUUAUUUCUAGACCAUGUACAGUCUUCUAAAUUGAAUAUUGUGUACAAGCCAAAUGGUAGUUUUUCGAAACCCUUGUUCAUAAAUAAUUUGUUUGAUUUUAAGGAAAAAUUUAAGAACAAUUUUGUUAAGAAACGAAAGAAAAGUGAUACAAAUUAUUACCAUGAUAAUUAUAAAAGGAACAAUUCAAAUACCAAUUCUAAUAUAUUUAUCGAAUCAUUCAAUAAAAAAAAUACUUUUAUUAAACCAAUAUAUGUAACCUUUCAAGAUGAUAUGAAUAAAAGUGUAGCUAGCCAAAAUGAAACCAAAAAAAAAAAAAAAAAAAAAAAAAAUUCUGAACAAAACCAGCUAUUUUUGAAAAGUACGAAACAAAAGGAUAUUCAUGAAAUGACGAUUGAUGAGGAAAUUGAAAAUUAUGAUAACAUACAAAUGGAUGAAGAAGAAAUGAAUAAUGAAGAGGAUCAUAAAGAAAGUGAUAGUAAUGAUAAAAAUAAUAAUGAUUAUAGUUAUGAUAAAAAUAAUAAUAAUAAUAAUAAUUAUUUUAAAAAUAUGGAUAAUAGUGAAUAUGAAUUGGUAAAUGAUUAUAUUUUAUUAAGAAAAAAUGGAUUAACAAUAAAAGAAUUAAUGGAACAAGGGAAAUGGGCUUGUCCAAAAGAAAAUUUAAAAAUGAUAAGAGAACGUGUUAAUUCAAAAAUUAAUUGGAACUACAUUUUGAAGAAAAACAAUGAAUUACUUAAGGAUAAUGUAGAUAAAAUAUAUCAUGGGAUAUAUAAAAAAGAACAUGUGGAUGAUUUAUUAUUUGUUUUUGAUACAUAUCCAUAUAAUUAUUUAAAUAUUACUAUGAGUGUUUUUUCUCUUUACAAAUUUGCAAAUAGUUAUCUAAACGAGAAGAAAGAAAAAAUGAAUAGUGUAAAUGAAAAGAAAUAUAAUUUUUUUAAUAAUAUAUGUAGUAAAGAUUUUUUGAUAAAAGAAGAUGAAAAAAAAAAAAAAGAUGAUAUGGAAAAUAUAAAUGAACUUUUAAAUAUAAAACAUAAUGAUAAUAAAUCAAGAUGUAAUGAAAAAACGAAUUCAUAUGAUGAUAACUUUUUUGCAUUAGAAAAUAUACAAGAUGAUGUUGGUGAUAAUAACAUUUUUAAAAUAAAAGAAGAAAGAAAACGAUUAUAUUAUAUUACAACCAAUAGAAAUUUUCAAAGAAUUGUAGGUUCAAUAAAUAAACAUCUAAAAAUUAUCUAUAGAAUAUUUUCUUCUAAUGAAAAAUUAUCUUCUUAUGAAAAAAAUAAAAAUGUGUACAAAUUUAUUCCUUAUAUAAAUAUUAAAGAUAUUAUUAUUAUUUUAAAAUCAUUCUGUAUAUUAAAAUAUGAUCAUGCAAAUAUAUAUAAAUAUAUAUAUUUUUUUAUUGUUCAUUUUAUUCAUAAAUUCGAUAUAUAUAAUUUAUGUCAAGCAGUCCAUUUAUGUAUUAUUAAAAAAAUAUAUAUCAAACCAUUAUAUCAAAACUUUUUAAAAUAUUUACAGAACAUUUUUCAACAAGAUAAAAAUGAUUAUAUAGGGAAAAUAGAAAUAGCUCAAAGUAAAACGUCUUCGUCUUCAAAUCAUAAACAAGAUACACAUGAUGAGUUACAGGAUGAUCAUAAUGCUACUAAUAAAAAUAAUGUUAAAAAAGAUAUGUUAUUGAAUAUAUCACAUGAUAAUAAUAGAAAUAACUUAUGUAAAAAUAUCAUUUCUUUAUAUGAUGAUAUAAAUAUUAAAGAGUUUUACAAUAACAUAGAAAACGCCAUGGAAGGAUAUUCUUCUAAUCCUUGCAAUUAUUAUACAUCACCUUUAUAUAAGAAUAACUUUAAUUAUUAUAUAUACCACUCUUGUAAUUAUUCUAAUAUUAACAAUGCUUUGGAUGAUGCGGAGGAAAAAAAAGAGAAAGAAAAAGAUAUAAAAGGUUUUAUGACAAAGGAUAUGAGAAAAGAGAAAGAAAGUUUUAUUGAAGACAAUAUUAAGAAGGAUAUUACAAUAAAUGAAAAUAAUAACAAUAUAAAUAAUAGAAAGGAUAUUAAUUUAUAUGUAUAUAUUUUAUAUGUUUUAUCUAAAUUUCCAUACAGUAAUGUAAAUAUAAUCAAUAAAAUUAUUUUACAUAUAUUAAAAGAUAUACAUAAUUUAUCAAUAGACGAACUAAUAUUAACUUUUUAUAGUAUAGCCGAGCUCGAAUACGAGGAUUAUGAAGUGCAAAAUUAUUUAUAUCUCUUAAUUUUUCAGAGGUUACAUUUGUUAAAUUAUAGAAAUAAUGACACCUUGUUAAAAUUAAUCAAAUCGUUAUAUUUGACAAAUAAUUUGGAUAGGGUAUAUGAUGGUACGAAAAUAGAAAAUACUCCUCUAAAGGUGGAUGUAAAAGGAAGGGAAAAGGAAAAACAACAAGAUGAUGAGAAAGAAGAAGAACAUAAAAGAAAAAACCAGCAAAAACAAAAUGAAUUUCAUAAUAAGGAAGAUGAAAGAAAAGGAGAAUUUCAUAUUAUGAAUAACGAAAAUAAUAGCUUAUCCAAUAAAAAAAAUUGUGAUUAUAAGAACCAUGUAGAAAAAGAAUAUCCUGAUAAUUUUAUAGAACAUAUAAAUAAUGAUGAAAGUAAUAAAAUGGAAAGUAUAAAAACUUUAAUGAUAUAUGUUAUAUCAAAGAUGGUAUUAAAAAAUGUAAAUAAUUAUAGUCCUAUUGAAUUAGUAGAUAUUAUUAGAUAUUUAUCUGCUUUUAAUUUUAUAAAUAAAGAAUUAUUUUCUUUUGUAUAUAAUUUACCAUUUUUUAAAAAUUUAAAUGAAGAUAUCUUAAACUAUUAUAAAAAUAAUGUGUAUUUUAAUCAAUCAUAUUAUGCUUAUACAAAAAAUAAUAAUAUAAAUACGCCUAUAGAAAUUAUGUUAUGUAAAUUAUAUCAAUCCUAUUUAACAUAUAAUAUGUUUAUAAAACAAAUUGACACUAGUUAUAUAAAAAAUGUAAUAAAGGAUGAUAUUAUUAAAACUAUAUAUAAAAGAAAUAAUGAACAAGUAAAAGUUAUACAAUUUGAUAAUUCAAUCAUCCAAUUAUUAAAAAACACCUAUCUAAAUAAUAUGAAAAUAUCUUCAUAUGCAUCUUCUUCUUUACAUUAUGAAAUAGCAGAUAUAAUAAAUAAAGAUUUUAAAAUACCCUGUCAUGUGGAAUAUCAAACCUCUAAUGGAAUCAUAAUAGAUAUAGCUAUAUUAUAUGAAGACAUCAAAAAAAUUGAUCCAACAUGUCCGUUCUUUAAAAAUAUUGCAAUCGAAAUAAAUGGUCCAUUUCAUUACAAAACGAAAUCUUUGAGUAACCAUUUUCCUUUGAUCAACACAAAGACAAUUUUAAAAAAGAGGCUAUUGCAAUUUGAAGACUGGGAUGUAAUAUCUUUUCCCUUUUGGGAAAUCAAGCCAUGGUUUAGUAAAACGAGGAAAGAAAGUUACAUAUUAAAAAUGUUACCCGAAAAGCUCAAAACUUUUUUUAAAUAA